CUCUGAAGGGGCCGCAGGUGUCGAGCCGUCCACAUCCUCCCAGGCCGCUGCCGCUGUCGUAGGCAUCAGCAACCCCGCAAUGGAUGCGGAAGCUCCGCCUCCUCCUUAUACCAGCGUGGUGCUUGGAGCAACAGCUGCACCAGAGAGCACAUUUCUGGGGGACUUUCCCGUUCCUCCACCAUACAGCGUUGCCACGUCUCUGCCCACUUACGAUGAGGCAGAGAAGGCCAAAGCGGCAGCCAUGGCUGCCUCAGCGGUGGAGGUCAUUCCACGAGAUGAGGAUUUUCCGGUUCGGGAUGACUUCAGUGAUGCUGAUCAGCUGAGGGUGGGAAAUGAUGGAAUCUUCAUGCUGGCCUUCUUCAUGGCCUUUCUGUUCAACUGGAUUGGGUUUUGCUUGUCUUUCUGUUUGACCAACACCAUUGCAGGCCGAUAUGGUGCCAUCUGCGGCUUUGGUCUCUCUCUUAUCAAAUGGAUCCUCAUUGUGCGGUUUUCAGAUUACUUUACUGGAUACUUCAAUGGGCAGUACUGGCUCUGGUGGAUUUUCCUUGUUCUUGGACUCCUGCUGUUCUUCAGAGGGUUUGUGAACUACCUGAAAGUGCGUAACAUGUCCGAAAGCAUGGUGUCUUCACUCCGAACCCGCUUCUUCCUCCUGUACUAGAGGUGAGGAUGUCAUCACACACAC